GGUGCAUACACGAGAAAAUAGAACUGGUCGGGUGAGCAUAAGUGUUAACGUGUAGCUCUCUCCCACAACAUUGGCACCACCUUUCUCUGUUCCUCUCAUACUACCACUCUUCUCUCUCUCUCUCUCCUGUCUUCUUUCUCUCUCUAUGUCUUUUCAGUGAUCUCUUUCUCAUCCAUUUUUCUUUUUUCUCACUGCUAUUGUAGCUUUGGAGGAUUAAUCUGAGCACGUAUCUCUAUAUAUAAGUGUAUUACGAUGUGUGGAAUAUUAGCGGUUUUGGGUUGUUCGGAUGACUCUCAGGCGAAGAGGGUUCGCGUGCUCGAGCUCUCCCGAAGGUUGAAGCAUCGGGGUCCUGAUUGGAGUGGACUAUAUCAGCACGGAGAUUGUUAUCUGGCACACCAGAGGCUUGCAAUUGUUGAUCCAGCCUCUGGCGAUCAGCCCCUCUACAAUGAAGACAAAAAGAUUGUAGUUACGGUAAAUGGUGAAAUCUACAACCAUGAGGAACUUCGUCGCUCAUUACCUAACCACAAAUUCCGUACUGGAAGUGAUUGUGCUGUCAUUGCACAUCUUUAUGAAGAGCAUGGGGAAAAUUUUGUGGACAUGCUGGAUGGAAUUUUCUCCUUUGUGCUGCUGGAUACCCGUGAUAACAGCUUUCUUGUGGCCCGUGACGCUAUUGGGAUUACUUCUCUGUAUAUUGGUUGGGGACUAGAUGGCUCCGUCUGGAUAGCGUCAGAACUAAAAGGUUUGCACGAUGAAUGUGAGCAUUUUGAAUCCUUCCCACCGGGGCAUCUCUACUCCAGCAAGAGUGGAUGUCUCAGAAGAUGGUACAACCCUCCCUGGUUCUCUGAGGCCAUUCCUUCAACUCCUUAUGACCCCUUAGUUCUGAGGCAGGCUUUUGAAAAUGCUGUUAUUAAAAGGCUAAUGACCGAUGUGCCUUUUGGAGUUCUUUUAUCAGGAGGACUUGAUUCAUCAUUAGUUGCAUCUAUUACCUCUCGUUACUUAGCUGGCACGAAAGCCGCAAAACAAUGGGGUGCACAACUUCAUUCUUUCUGUGUUGGCCUUGAGGGUUCGCCUGAUCUGAAAGCUGCAAGAGAGGUUGCUGAUUAUUUGGGUACUGUUCACCAUGAGUUUCAUUUCACUGUUCAGGAUGGAAUUGAUGCGAUUGAGGAUGUCAUUUAUCAUAUUGAGACAUAUGAUGUAACAACAAUCAGAGCAAGCACUCCUAUGUUCCUUAUGUCACGUAAGAUCAAAUCACUGGGAGUGAAAAUGGUCAUAUCGGGUGAGGGCUCUGACGAGAUUUUUGGUGGUUAUCUUUACUUCCAUAAGGCACCCAACAAGGAGGAAUUCUAUCGUGAAACUUGCCGCAAGAUAAAAGCCCUUCAUCAGUAUGAUUGUUUGCGAGCAAAUAAGGCAACUUCUGCGUGGGGUUUAGAAGCUCGAGUACCGUUUCUGGAUAAGGAAUUUAUCAAUGUCGCAAUGAGCAUUGACCCUGAGUGGAAGAUGAUAAAACCUGAACAAAAGAGAAUUGAGAAGUGGAUUCUCAGGAGGGCCUUUGAUGAUGAAAAACAACCAUAUCUUCCAAAGCAUAUUCUAUACAGGCAAAAAGAACAAUUUAGUGAUGGUGUGGGCUAUAGUUGGAUUGAUGGGCUUAAAGCUCAUGCUGAUCUGCACGUCAAUGACAAGAUGAUGCUUAAUGCUGCACAUAUCUUCCCCCAUAACACGCCAACCACGAAAGAGGCAUACUAUUACAGAAUGAUAUUCGAAAGAUUCUUCCCUCAGAAUUCAGCAAGGCUCUCCGUUCCAGGUGGGGCAAGUGUAGCGUGCAGCACUGCCACAGCUGUGGAAUGGGAUGCAGCUUGGUCGAAAAACCUCGACCCAUCGGGCCGAGCUGCCAUUGGCGUGCAUAAUUCCGCCUAUGAGAAGCAUUUAGUUAAUGGGAAUUUGACCUCGAAAAUCAUAGACUCUAUGCCGCUGACGAACGGAGUAGGCACACCAGGACUGACCAUCAGGAGCUAGUAUCUCUACAAGGACAGGUUGGCAGCCAUCUUAGAAUAAGUAGGAGCUGCAUAUAUUAAUAAGUGCUCUUCUGGUAUGUGUAGAACAGUUAGUUUGAUGUAUGGUAAACUAGCCAAUGGAAACACUGUUUUGGUGUUUUCUGGAAGGAGAACUUUGAGAUUUUAGUAUAUAUGUUUUUCUAAUAUUUUUGUGUCAUUUGGAAAACGAGCCUUGAAUCUCAAGUGUCAUUGUGAAAAGAGAUCGGCGCUAUGCAUAUAGUUAAGGUCUGUAAGAUGUGUUUCCUGUAUCAGGACUGAUUAUGUUUUCUGGUUAAGCACGAACCUGGUAGUCUAAGAGUGUAUAAAUCUUCUUUUGUUUGUCAGCUGGGAAUAUAUAUAUAUACAUAUCAAAGUUC